UUCCUCAUACAGCUCGAUGAGAUAUACCAUGAGCGGACUACUACGAAAGACUCCAAAUCUUAUAGCACAAAUGUGUCGGACUAGAAAUCCACAAAACGUGGAGGUUCAGCACAGGCUCUUUACUGAAAGGACAAGGACCAGUCUUCUACCUGAGGUACCUCCUGCACUCACUGUAAGACACCUACAUCCAGGCAUCACGCAUAUGGCUCCAUUCCAGAAGACCUUCUCAUGCCCUAAAUGCUGGAGCCACCAUCAUGUCCUCCAGAAGACACUGCCCACAAGUAGAUUAUAUUCAGAGUCAGCAUCCAAACAGACCGUCCCCGUCACCAAGAGACCUAUGAAGUCAUCCAGAACCAAGCAGCCAUCAAGAACUUUGCUGUCAAAGACUGAGGAUGUGCUGCAGUGCACCGCCUUUGCAACGGCUGAUGAGUUUCACCUGGGCACCCUGUGUCACGAUCUGGCUUCACACGGGUACUGUGAACUGCCAAGCUUGCCUCGGGAUGCCUCUAAUGUGCUGCUAGUAGGAGUGGAGAAGGUCUCUAAGGAACAGGAUUCUGGAUUGAUAUUUUUCUUCAGGGAAGGGGCAGUUGUGUUUUGGAACAUAGAAGAAAGAAACAUGAAACAUGUGAUGCAAAUUCUGGAGCGUCAUGAAAUCCAGCCGUAUGAGGUGGCCCUGGUUCACUGGGAGAAUGAAGAGAUAAACUAUACUUUUGGAGAGGGUCACACAAGACUUGUGAAAGGAGAAAUUGUGCUGGAUUCCCAGCUGGAGGCAGAUGAUCUCAUUCUAGAGAAGUUUGCCUUCUCCAAUGCACUUUGCCUGUCCGUGAAGCUGGCAAUGUGGGAGUCGACUCUGGAUACUUUUGUUGAGUCUAUCCAAUCAAUUCCAGAGAUGCUGAAAGCCAGAAAAAAACUGAAGCUGUCUCACGAUGACGUAAUGCAGCAUAUUGGGGAGCUGUUUGCACUAAGACAUCGUAUAAACCUGAGCUCGGAUCUUCUCAUCACUCCUGAUUUCUACUGGGACAGAGAAAAUCUUGAGCAUCUGUACGAUAAAACUUGUCAGUUCCUUAGCAUAAACCGCAGAGUCAAGGUAAUUAAUGAAAAACUGCAACACUGUACAGAACUGACAGAUCUGAUGCGUAAUCAUUUAAAUGAGAAACAUGGCCUGCGACUAGAAUGGAUGAUCGUCAUUCUUAUCACCAUUGAGGUGCUCUUUGAGCUUGGAAGAGUCAUUUUCUGAUGGCUGAAGUUCAGAACAUUAAAGGGAUUGUCCCAUCAUGGCAAUUAAAUGAAAGGGCAACCAUAUAAUAAUGCAUAUCUGGGUCCAGUGGUUCCUAUAUGGUGUUGAAGAGGGGCUACUCCUUUAACUCCUCACAGAGCACUUUGAUGCAACUAAGGGCUCAUGCACACAAACGUA